UUUACUCUUAGGAAUGUAGCUUCGAUACUUUUCAGUAUUGUUGAUUAAAAAUUGUUUUUGACAAAUACAUUGGAUUUUUUCUACAUGAUGUCUUUAUAGCUUUCCUUAAGCGAUACAUAGUGAGCGUCAGAAUACAAUAAAAAAAAAUGUGAUUGCAAUUUAAAUUUUCCAUCAAAUUAAAGUAAGAUCAUAAACGGUGAAGCUGUCACUUUUCCCCGAGCCAAAGUAAUUUUCAAUGAAAAGCUUUAUCGUACGAUCAAAAUUCCAAAAACCCAAUCACCCGUCCGUUUCAAUCGUUUGACAAUUGUUGAGCCGAAUUUCACCGAACGCCGGUAUGGAAAGUUAUGAGCUUUUACAUUUUCCUAGAGCUAUGGAUCGGAUUUUUUUCACUCGUUUCUGGUGGCACUAGCGAAGCACAGGACGACAAUUUCGCUCAAUCUGCUGUACCGUGCUAGUAAAUAAACAAAUCUAGCUCUUUUCCACAAACAAAGUUUGUUUUCUACAUGGUGGGGGGUUUAUGUUUUUUGCUGCUUUUGUGUUUGUUUUGUGUGAAAUGUGAAAUAUUGCCACACCAAUCAUUCUCCUAGUAGAGUCAAAACCAUUUCGUACGAACUGACAUUCAAAUAUUGCCCCGUUGACGUGUGAGCACUGGAAAGAUGGAAGGGAAGUGAUAGCGUAAAAGAAAGCCUAUCCUUUCCCCUGUCUUGCCCUUUCCUCACACCCACUGUUACAAAACGCGGCUUGACCGGAUUUCCAUAUGGGACCGGGAAGGCAAUUUAAGGGUUUAUGUCUAUGUGUGUGUGAGUGCGGGAGGGCGCAUACCUACAUCAUACACGUCAUCUCCAUCCUGGCAUCGAUGGCACGUGAGUGUGUUACCUAAUUUGAAUAUAAAUAACAUCCAAUUCCACACGCAGCAUUUUGUACGAUCGUUUCGUGGUACUGUCGCGCGAACGCCGUCGGGUGAUGUGUGCUGACGAAGGUGAAGAAAUAUUGUCACUGAAUAAUCAUCACGAUUCCCACACCCAUUGUACCGACGCUGGUUCACCGCUGGUUGGAAUUAUGAUGGUGUGGAAACUCCCUUCAACCGACCGGAGACUGCCCUCCGGGAGGGGAUGGAACGGAAGCGCAAUUUAAGUUCCAUCAUAAACUGUUCCGGUACACCCGUGAUGCCCGGAAGCGGAAUUGUGCGGACACGGUGAAUGGGCGGUCAGAAAGCAUGGGGAAGGGUUGUGUUCCAAACUUUGGCACUUUGGUGGAGUAACAGGAAAACGGAUCUCAAUCACUGUAUGUUGGACGAGUAUAAUCGAGACAUUGCGUUACAUCGUCCCAUGAUUGUUGUUCACCGAAUAUUCCUCUUUUAAUGGUCGAUCAAAUGGAUGUUUCAUCACACUAGUUGUCAGCUACUGGAAGUGUUCAUUAAGAUCUUCACACAUCCUUUUUUUUGUUAUGAAUGUCUGAAGUGAUAUCUUGUCUCUAGGCGCAUCAUGUCUUGCAAGGAUUCGUGGUUUAGUGGAGUACCUCAUCAUACUAUUUUAUGGGAUUGAUCGCUUAAAUUUCAAUAUUAAAAAAUAUCGCCUCAGAGCAAAGUCGUUAAGCCACUGGCUAGGGAUAGAGCUUAUCAGCAGCGUUUUUUGUUUCGCUUUAUCCCAACGGGAGUUUUAUCCCUUCAUUGUGGUGAAAGCUGCGAUUUUUCCCCCUUAUUUGCCACUGUAGUACACUCACACUGUGUGAAUUAUGAUAAAUACUUAGCAAUCGCUGGCGAACAUUCCGGAUUACGUGUGGAUUAAGUGAUUUACGGGCCUGACUCGGUAACGCAACCUUACCAUUUCCACAAUUUAUCCCCUGGUUUUUUUUACCUUUCACUAUCUCUCUCUCUCACUGUUCCACUAAACGAUUAAUCCUUUUGCAACUUGCACCAUCACCAUCUCUACCACUAGGCCACACAACUCCAAGCAUCUCAUGACUCCUACCGAACUCAUUUGCAUCAUCCCCAGCGGAUAGGCAUCGGCAGAGCAUCGUACACGAAAACAUCGUCCCGAUGCUCGGUGAAUUAUGGAUUUCCAAUUAGAAGUUUAUUACCCGUGGCCCGUCCCAUCUCUUACCGUCUUACCUUGCAUGUUGGACCGGCGCUCGGAACGGUGAAAAACUUCCUCCCAUAUUUAAACACCAGUGGAAGCUUUAAGUGACACGGUUCAGUUUUUUGCUUUCCUUUUUUUUGCCUUUGAAGCAUGAAAAGAGGAAACCCGGACAAAUUGCUCCCCGUUCUCACUCCCUUUCGGUGCUCUCAAGCGAUAGAGACAUUUCGAACUUCAGUUUAUGUACGUGGUCAUGUGGGUGUUUGGAUGUGUGUGUGUGUGUGUGUGUGUGCGUGUGUCUCGAGCAAGUGGAUGAUUUGAUGAAAAUUUGGGACGCGUCGUAAUUAUGGAAAUGGAAUAGACAUUCUCUAGUGUUUGGGAGGGACCCCGACCCUGCGACACGAUCGAGAGGUCGUGCCGGUCAUCAAGUGGGAAAAGUUAUCGUUUCGUGAGAAAAGCCGUUUCCCAUUUUACCAACCAUUGGCGGUUCGGAGGGAAGGUGUGAACAGGGUUGCGGCGCAACGGUAAGGGACGAUAUUAAGAAGGUUAAUUCAAUUUUCCAAAUAGCAGCAGGUGGCCUUGAUGAAGUUCGGUGAAAACCGUCCUACCGGAAUGCCUUUGCCCGGCACUCAACAUCGAGCGCACGCUUGGUUGGAUGGAAAGUUUUCGUUGCCUACGGUUUCGGGGGUUCAACGUCUGGGUAAAGUUUGUCACUGGCGGUGGUACCACGUGGUACCGUGGUAGGGAAAUUAAUAUCAAUUGCAUCGUUAGGAAAAAGAAAAGUAAAAGUAAAACAAGUAAUAAGCGUGUUUUUUUGUUGUCUUCUGGUAGCAUUUCGAGCAAACCGUCGUUGAUUAAGAAAUGUGACCGGUACUGUCCACACUUUCAAUUUAACUUUGCGCUACACCUGCGCGCAUUAGUUUUGCUUCGAAGGCAAGCAUAAUAAACAUGCCGAUGUCAAGUAGGCUGUGACUGUUUUGGUGAGUGUUUCGAAGACACAGUACACAUAAACCAUGAAUCUAGACGCAACGCUUGAUACGGCGGAAGAGAUACGGUUCCUCAGCAAGGUGAGCGGUUUGGUGAAGCGAUUGAUCCGUGUGACGCACUUCAACCAGCAAGAGCUCGAGCUAGUACUGCUGGUGUACUAUAAAAUACUCAAAAAUGAUCCGGAUGCGGCAGGUGGGCAGAUAUCUCGCCAGCAGCUUACGACGGUGUUCGAUACAGCGUUCGGUAUCACGGAUACGGCCGUUAUAAGACGAAUUUAUGCGGCACUCGACGGUGGUAACAGUUCGCACGUGUCGAUGGAAACGUGGGCCCGCAUGGUGUCACUGUACGUGCGCGGUACGCUCGAGGAAAAGGUCCAGUACUGUUACCGGGUUUAUGACAUCCAGCGUGAAGGGAUGAUCCGGCGCGACUUUUUGAUGGUGCUGCUGCGUGGAUGUGUGCGGCAGGAGGAAGGAGUGGACGAAGCGGUCAAGGAUUUGGUAGACAUUUUGAUGACGCGCCUUGAUGUGGAUCGUGAUGGAGCGAUAUCGUUUGAGGACUAUCGGAAGAGCGUGCUUGGUACGCCACUUUUGCUGGAGUGUCUCGGCCAAGCGCUACCGGAUCGGAUCCAUGUGGAAGCGUUCGCAACAACGUUUCUGGUGAUGUAAUGCAGAAUGAGAAGGAAGCAAUUUUAACCUUUUUUAAAUUAUAGUUGAACGGAAAUUCUAAAUCAGUAAGCGAAUAAAUUCAAAAUACUCACCGUAGUCGACAUAGUCGACAUAGUCGA